CAAUUGAGUUACUAUUGAUCAGAGACUGUCAUAUAUUUACAAAUCUGUUAUAUUCCAGCACUUCUGUUGUUAUCUCAUUGCUUGCUUCCGACUGCACUCGCAGACUUUUUCAAACAACUCAAAUCAAAACAGCAGAAUUACCAGGAAAAUAACUAUCCGGCAAAGGUGUAACUUGAGUACAAACUUUGCAUCUAUUCAACUUUAAAGACUGCUCCAGUUAGAAAAUUGUAAAAGGACCCGUGUAACAUUGUAGACCAUCAUUAGUGAUGCUUCUUACUUGACAAUAUAACCUUAUUCUGGGCUAUACAGUGUUAAAGAGGAGGCGUAUUGUACGAGGGGUCCAAUGUUAAGGGGAGAGGCUUAUUGAGAGAAUGCAGAACAUGGUUGGUCAGUUUUAAGUCAAAGGAAGUGCAUGACAGCAAUGAUGCGGUUUAUUUUCCGAUAACGAAGUAUCAACAGGGGAUAUUUUUUAUCGUGAGGAGCCGGGGAUAAAGCGGGGAUCAGGUUUCUAGUAUCCGUGGUAUUGGUUUUCAUCCACUGAUUGAGUUAACAACUCUUCAUAGAUAUAUACAUCAGAUGUGAAUGGACCUAAUAGGAUUAGUCCCUCGGGAAAUAACCCCGUCUACAGGUGUUUGCGGCGAUAGGUUCUAUAAAGACUUCACAGGAACGAUAGUUGAUUUUCUCAUUCUUGUACUCUAACGAUGGUAAUGAAGAGCAUUUCCAUAUAUAUUUGAUUCUUGUGAUGUUUUAUAUAUGAGGGGAUCGAUUUAUUGUUUUAGAUCGAAAGUGGCUUUUCAAAGAGUAAAAAGGAAAGUAAACAUUUGGACCAUUUGAUGAGUAAAAGCUUUGGAUGUGAAAUCAAUACCUAAGCACUAUUUGAUGAAAAUGUGAAAAGUAUUAACAGUUUUAAUUAGUGAAAGAGGGACAGUCGUUAAUCUUACAUCAAAAAGGAUGGAGGGAGCUCGCCUCGCUGUGUGUCGUCUGCGAUCUACUUGUUACAAUGAAAUAUAAUGGUAUCUUUUGUGUUUUGUCUGUGGAUACUUUUGACCGCCGCUAUUGCAGCCGUUUGGUCUGUGAGUCUGCUACAGCCGGUAUGGGUACUACACCCGGACAAUGUCCACUCGUUUGGACUACAGAAGUACUGUGUGUUAGACACCCAGGAACGAGGGGAUGUACAUGGCAGUGCGCUACAGAGGAAGUGCUUGUCCUACGGGAAAGAGUUACACAUAGGAAACAUUCCAUCAGGGACCUGGAGGGCGGCAUUUCUCCUCUUUUCUUCUGGAAUUCUCCUCUUCAUUGCUAGUGUACUAACUGGACUUAUGUCACUAUUCAUCCAAGGAAAAUGGGAUAAAUAUGUGUCCACAACAACGAAAUAUAUUCAAUCAACUGCAGUGCUCGUCGUAAUGUCUGCUCUUCUGACCUACCCCCUCGGAUUUGGAAGCCAUUUUUUUCGGUACUAUUGUGGUUCCGCGGCAGGACCCUAUUAUACAGGGCAGUGUAGCGUGGGGUGGAGCUACAUGCUGGCCAUAAUGGGCGUGGCUUUGUCAGUCUUCUGUCCUAUCCUGUGGAGUUUUAGGUGGAUCAAGCGUGAUGACGUCAUGGAAGGAAUACCCGUUUGACUGUGAAUUAUGACAUUAAGAGUAUUAGAACAUUAUUUCAUAUCAUUCCGUGAAUUUGAGUCAUAUUAUAUAUUAAAAACAUGUUAAUACAAAUUGC